AGGGGCGGCACUGGGCCGGGCGCUGGCGGACAUGGCGCUGCAGUUCGGCGGGGCGGGCGCGGCGGGUGCGGCGGAGGAGCCGCCGUUGGUCGGGGGCAGCUUCGGGGCCGCGGACUCCUUCCCCAAGGACUUCGGCUACGGGGAGGAGGAGGAGGAGGCGGAGCUGGAGGGGGGCCCAGGCCCCGGCGGGCCCGGCGGCGGUGCGGGAGGGCCCGGCGGCGGCGCGGCCGGGGCGGACUCCAAGCCGCGGAUCCUGCUGAUGGGGCUGCGGCGCAGCGGGAAGUCCUCCAUCCAGAAGGUGGUGUUUCACAAAAUGUCUCCAAAUGAAACUCUGUUCUUGGAAAGUACCAACAAGAUCUACAAAGAUGAUAUUUCCAACAGUUCAUUUGUGAAUUUCCAAAUAUGGGAUUUUCCUGGACAGAUGGACUUUUUUGAUCCCACAUUUGAUUAUGAGAUGAUCUUCAGAGGAACUGGUGCUCUAAUAUAUGUUAUUGAUGCCCAGGAUGACUACAUGGAAGCUUUAACAAGACUCCACAUUACAGUUUCAAAAGCCUACAAGGUCAACCCAGAAAUGAACUUUGAAGUUUUUAUUCAUAAAGUUGAUGGUUUAUCAGAUGACCAUAAAAUAGAAACUCAGAGGGAUAUUCAUCAGAGGGCAAAUGAUGACCUUACGGAUGCUGGGCUUGAAAAGCUUCACCUUAGCUUUUAUUUGACCAGUAUCUAUGACCAUUCAAUAUUUGAAGCCUUCAGUAAAGUGGUACAGAAGCUUAUUCCACAACUGCCAACGCUGGAAAAUCUACUAAAUAUCUUUAUAUCAAAUUCAGGCAUUGAAAAGGCUUUUCUCUUCGAUGUAGUCAGCAAAAUCUACAUCGCAACAGACAGUUCCCCUGUGGACAUGCAGUCAUAUGAGUUGUGCUGUGACAUGAUUGAUGUAGUGAUAGAUGUUUCCUGUAUAUAUGGGUUAAAGGAAGAUGGCACUGGAAGUGCUUAUGAUAAAGAAUCAAUGGCAAUUAUCAAGCUCAAUAACACAACAGUCCUGUACUUAAAGGAAGUAACAAAGUUUUUGGCAUUAGUUUGCAUUCUUAGAGAAGAGAGUUUUGAACGCAAAGGUCUGAUAGACUACAAUUUUCAUUGCUUCCGCAAAGCCAUUCAUGAAGUCUUUGAGGUAGGUGUUGCCUCCCACAGAAUCUGCAACCAUCAGUCAAGCGCCUCAAAUAUGAAAGCAGUGACUCACAAUGGCACACCCAGGAAUGCAGUCUAAGAGGAGAGUGAAAGGCCCUGGAUAGACUUGUCAGCUCUUCACUCCAAAUUUUUGUGGAACAAGAGAAGAGUAGUCUGAAAGCCUGAAGUAAUGUUUCACAGGAGAAGAGUGGCGCAAACUGUGGAGCAGCAGCUUGUAACUCAUGUUGGACAACUGCAACUACUGUAAAAAUACUUUGAGGCCAGUGGAGUGAGAAAUGCCAGUUUGAAACCAGCUUUAUCGCAAGAGCAGUGGGUUUUCAGUUUGGAGUUCUGUUUUAUAACAGUCUGGUUGCCAGGUCAAAACUUACAAAUGAAUGAAUUUUGGGUGAAACACUGAAUGGUCACUUGCUCAACUGUUUGGGUUUUUUCUUUUUUUAGAUUAAUCUAUAAAACAUCCACUUUUGCUUUAGUUUACCCUUUUGUCAUGAACAACAAAAGUGGUGGCAUUAUUUAGGCUUGUGAAACUCAAGCUUUUUGUUUGGUGGGGCUGGUCUCACAAAUCAUUCCAUAAAAUAAUUCUUGUUCUUACUGAUGUGCUCAGAGUAUCCUCAUGGAUUCUGUACUCGUUCAGUGGAUGCAAGGUAGAGCUCUGUUCUAGUGAUUCUCUGGUGGUUUGGAGAGCUGACCUGGAGCUUUGUUUUAAGAGAUCGUGAUACUUUGCUUUCAGACCACGCUUCUUGGUAUGUCCCCUUUGAAGGAAGGGAAGUAUUAAAAGCAGAAAUAAACUACCUAUUCUCUUCUGCAAAAACACAGAUGUUAUAAAUCUGUGUGAUUAAUCCUAUUCACAAAACAAAUGCAUGGCUAACUAAACUGGAAUGUCUGCCAUCCAUUGGAGUAAAGCAACCACUUUCAGCUGCUCCCAAGUGGAAAAAUUAUGAAGUUAAUGGCUUCUGAUGGUGGAUCUCUCUCUACCCUCACUGAUAACCAAGACAAUUCCUAGGAAAAUGUCUGAGGGCAUUAUCCUUGCAUGGCAAUUAAAUUUCAGUGUGCCACAACCUACUAAUAAUACUGGACCUUGAAAGAGUGUUGAUUCUGUACUGUGGCAAACACCUUUUUUGUCGCCAUGCAAUCCAAAUAGAACAGUGGGGUUUUGUUUUUUUGUUUUGGUUUUUUUUUUUCCUGAUUUUGUGAAUGCUGGCUUUCAUACUACGGGAAGUAUAUCUGAAUUCUUUUAAUCUAAUCUAUUGGUAUUGGUAUUAUUACUGCAGAUGUCAUACUGUACAUCAGCCUUGCUAUGCAGUAAGCUCAGCUACUGGCCCGUAAAGAUCUUGCCUCUUUUUACCUGUCCCUGUGUGUGUGUUGGUGUUGCCAAGCCACUGGACCAACUGACUAUAUAAAGUGCCACUAUAAAAGUUUCUGCAAGAAGACCUGUACCCGUAAGCAGUCUCUGCAACUGAUGUAUUUAUGUGGUCACAAAUAACCACGGGAUUGCUUCUGUGCUUAGAGAAUGGAUUUUCAUCAAAAUAUGUAAAAAAGAAUAUACAUGCAUUAACAUUAGGUUGUAUGCACAUGCUGUGUAAAUGUUUUUCCUUUGUUUUAAAGAUAUUGUACGAUACUAAAUACAUAAAGGAUCUGCUCCCGGAGUUACUAGGAGACUUGGGAGUUCAAGUGCUCUCCUUAAAGUCUCUUAGUAGCAGUUCUACUCAGUGGUUCUGAACUGAGGCUGAGCCCCUUUUUGGUAACGGAACAGCAGGGUUUUCUUAGGAAGUGCUGCGGGCUUGUAAGAUCAGGUUUUGUGGCUUGCAAGCCCCAUCCCAGUGUUCUGGUACUCAAGGUGAGAGGAAGUAACUGGCAAGAGCCCAGGAAGGAAGAAAUCAUUCCCAUUUGUGCAGUGAGUUUUCCAUGUUCGAAGUACACGUGUACGUUCCUUUGUCUUCACCCUCUACCUGAUUCUGUGCUAAUAAAAUGAAAAAAGCUGAAA